UUGAAUAUUAAAAAAUCAAAACCCCAUUGCUCUUCUUAUUAACACUACGCAUCUUCUUCGCCACCUUUCUUUCUUCACCCUCCAUCGCUAUUACCAUUCCCAUUCCCUUAUUAACACUACAACACUUUCUUUCUCUUUAUUCUUUUCCCUUUCUUUCUCAAAAUUUCCUUUCUUUGCAUCUAACAAUCCAAAACUACUCAUUUCACACCCAGUCGCCACCGUUGAUCGGCAAAGGCGAUGGCGCCGCGUCUCUGGUCCUGCUUCGGCAGCAAGGGCAAUCGCGGCGACGCCGUCGAGCGCCACGUCACGGCUGAUCUCACGGCGGAGGAAAUGAAGCGCGGUGGCGCGGUGGUGGUGGAGAUGUUCUCGUCGCAGGGGUGCACGACGUCGCCGGCGGCAGAGCUGGUGCUGUCGCGGCUUGGAAGAGGUGACUUCAAACUUGAGGUUCCGGUGGUGGUGUUGGCCUUCCACGUGGACUAUUGGGACUAUAUGGGAUGGAAGGACCCUUUUGGGUCGAGCCAAUGGACCGUUAGACAGAAGGCCUAUGUUGAGUCUCUUGGGCUUGACACCAUUUUCACGCCCCAGGUUGUGGUCCAAGGUAAGGCCCAUUGUGUUGGAAAUGACGAGAACGCCCUUAUCAAUGCCAUCACUGACGCUCCUAGAUUCCCUGCUCCAACCUUCCAGGCAACAUUCACCAGGCCUGCACCAGAUUCAUUGCAAGUGUCUCUAACAGGAGCAUUGAGGACUAAGGUGGACAGUGAUGGCGCCAAUGUCAUGGUAGCGUUAUAUGAAAGUGGUUUGGUUACCGACUGUCCAAGAGGGGAGAACAAAGGGCGUGUUCUGUCCAAUGAUUACGUCGUUAGAAAGUUCGAAAAGCUCUGCACUGUCAAAGACAUCUCUGCCAAGAAAACAGUGUCAGGAACGGUUAAUUUUUCGUUGUGGGAAGGAUUCAACGGCAGCAAAUGUGGUUUGGCUGUCUUUGUUCAGAGCAGUUCGCACCAGAUUUUUGGUUCAGAGAGUUUUCAGCUGCCGGAUGAUAUAUGAUGUUGAUAUUGAUUCGUUAGUUUUAUUUGUUAUGGUUGCUAUUAUCAUUUUCCGGUUGCAUUGUUGUUUGUUUAGGCUGUGUACAGAUUGUGUUCUGAUUCUAUAAAUAGGAGAUGAAGAGAGAAGUUUAAAGUUGUGGGGUACACAAUUUUAUUGAUUGCAUUUGGAGAUUGAC